GCCCUAAAAAGUUACAUUUUAUAGCAUAAGUAUGUCUAGGUUCUUUUCUUCACAGCCGCAGGAGCCGCCCCGCGCCCGCAACCGCAGCCCCGCGCGGUGUCUCCAUGGCAACCGCGCUCCCAGCGCCGCACUGCGCUGCCCACAGUGCGCGUACCCGAGAGGCGGGCCCCGCUCGGCUCCUGAUUGGCUCACUCGGCAAGGUGCUCCCAUUCUGAUUGGUGGAAACAUCCGCGCCGUGCUGCCGAAUCCGAUGUUCGCGUUGCUAUGGCUGCCAGGGGUGCUGGCGGCGAGCGUGGAGGGAUUUGUUCGCUCCUCUGCCCCGCCUCGGCCCCUCGGGCCCGGGCGGCCGCCAGUGGGUGCCUGCCCUGCGGACGGUGAGCCGAAUCGCUGUCCCGAGGGGGUUCCCUCCUCUUCCGAGAGGCUGGAGCCUCCCCCAGCAAUGCAUACUGCGGAUAGCUCAGGGACCGCUCCCCGAGUUACAGGUCCUCCACUUGCAGCAGGACAGGGUCAGCAAAAGCUGUUCCAGAGGUGCCCCACAGCACCAGCAAGGAGCAAUGCAGCAAAUACUUUUGACUACAGUAGAUUCUUUGGGAAGACAGAUACUAGCAGAUACUGGAUGAUGCAGAAGGACUUCUAUCGUGUGAAGGCGGCUCCUGAUGAAAGCAGAGACAUCAUCGCUUCUGCUCAGUCCAUCUUAGACAGAGAAAAUUAUUUUGUGAGGGAGGUGGACAGGUAUUUGAAGCACUACGAGUUCUUAAAUCUGAGAAAGAAGGAGAUCCUAUACAAGAAAUGGCUCGAGGAUGUUUCAGAGCCACUGCUGUGGAAAUUUGAGGACAAAAUGGAUAGCAAGUCGAGGGAAGAAAUACAGAAGAGGAGGGAAGAACAACUCUCUCUCUAUUUAAACUACUGUAAAAAGAAGGGCUAUGUGGCUUUGGAAGCUUAUGACCCAUCAGAAUAUGACCCGUUGUUCCUGAAGACGUGCACAGAUUGCUGGAAGGUUUCAAUACCAGCUUUACAGGAUCCUCUGUUAAAAGCUGUUCAGAAAAAGUUUAUCGAGACAGGCAUCGUCAAGCGGUGUGAGACAGGCAGACCGUGCUCUAGCAGAGAGCUGCAGGAACUGCCCCUGCUUCCUCUGAGCCGGCAGCGCGUGGAUGCGAUCGAGUGGCUGAAGGUUCCACAUGCCUACAUUGCUAGUGAGCUCCACCAGACGAGGAGCCCCAGUGCUCUGAUUCACCUCUUUUUGAAAGCUCCCUGGGUCCGCCGCUGCAGUGCACAACAGUUAAAGGAAGUCCUGCUCCACAGUGACAAGAACAUCAAAGCUCAGCUGGGAGCCGGAUGUCCUUGAACCAGGCCCACUCUCUCCCCUGAGCCCAUGCCUUGGAGCUUUACGCCUCUUGCUGGCCCGAGCCUUUGUCCAGCGUAAUUGUUAGAGCAAUUAUGGGCUAACAGCGAGUUCUAGAAGGGAAACUGGUCACAAAGGCAAACAUUUCCUGGAGUAACUCAGCGUGGGAAAGAGCGAGUGCAGGAAGCUGUGCUGGGCGAUGGCAGCCUUGCUCUUGGGUUGAGUGACAAUAGUUUUUAUUUCUGCUUGAAGGCUGAGAGUCGUGGACCACCACGAAGACAGUAAGAGCACAUGUUGCUACCUCUCCUCCAGCUGACUGCAGCAGCAAGCGCAGCCAUCAGAAGGUACUGUCCCCAAAAUAUACACUGGGUCUUCUGCCAAAGCAAGUGACAGCGGGCCAGGUCUUCCGGAGAACUGCAAUAAACUCCUUGUCUUAAACUAGAGCUUCUGCAGUACUGUUACCCAGCAGUCAAAUAAAUGUAUGAAAUACUGCUGCCAUUACUUCCGGCAGAGCGCAGGGGCAAUGGCAAAGCUCACAUUUAGCUUCAGGUGUUGCAGCACUGCAUGGAGCUGUUGGUGCCCUAGAGAUUCAGGUCCUGUUCUGCUGUAGCCCCCAGCUCCACGCUGCUGUGACUGCACAGGAGCUCUGAUGUCGAAGCCUGAAAACAGCAGCAGCUCCGCUCUCCCACAGUACAGACACAAUCUCUCAAGCAUUGCCAAGAUUUAGUUUUAUUUAGGAUUAGAAAUACUGAACCACAGAAAACUGUUAAAAGUAACAGAGGUUGACUCAGCUCUGUAACAGGAGGGCACACAGAUGGCAGUCAAGUGUGGAGCUGUCAGACACCGGGAGGCAUUGCUGCACCCACGGAAAACAAGGGCACCUGCUGCUCAGAACUGCACGCCGUGCUUUUUGAACAAAGCAGCUGAAGGAGGCAGUACAAUGGUCACAACGUAUCAAACCCUUUACAAACAAUCUUUUUAAAAUCAGCCCUGGUUUUGGUGCCCGGAAGAAAGUUGUUGCUCACAACCCGUCUCACCUUACAGAUGAACGCUGCGCUAACAGUUCCUCCGAGCAAACGUUUUACACUUUUAAUAAACUCUUCUUGAAUUUAAUUCCA